GUGUGUUAGAAUCGUUAGGAGGACGCUCCUCGCAGCCAUUAUAAUACACUGUAUUCAAGCUGAGCGCAACGCGGUUUAAAGCUCUACUCUAUUACUCGUUCAUUUUCUUUGUUUAAAUCUCAGUUUUAUUAAACUCAAAUUGUACUUCAAAGACAAUACAAUUGUCUGUUUUCCAAACGGUUGUACAUGUAAAUAUAGGCAGCGUUGCGUCGACGUGCGACGCGCCGCAUUCCCAGGCAUCUGACUCACUGAGACACGAGAAAACUGCCUUUUCCAUUUUACCGCCUUUAUUUCGUUACCAAGAAGAUUUAGAUUGAAGAGACUCGCUUCGAUUUAGAUGGCAAGCUUCCCAGAUUUUGUCAACGAAAAUGAAAUAGGUAAAGCUAAGUUCAUCGGGGAACUCAUACCUCCAGUUGCUCCCUUCGACCAGAAGUCUGGACGGGAGACUUGGACUGUAGCUUUUGCACCUGAUGGUUCCUACUUUGCUUGGUCUCAAGGGCAUCGAAUUGUGAGACUUGUACCAUGGAAAAAAUGCUUAGCCAGCUUUUCUGUAAGGAAGGAAGAUCGGUCGAGCGGUGCAGGACCUCGACGACUCUCCCGGCAGAACAGUGAGGGCAGUCUGCUGCCAGGCGAGCCCAGAGAGCACACCAUCGACUGUGGUGAUAUUGUGUGGGGCCUGGCCUUCGGCUCAUCUGUUCCCGAGAAGCAGAGUCGCUGCGUUAAUAUCGAAUGGCACCGGUUCAAAUUCGGCCAGGACCAGCUUCUGCUUGCCACCGGCCUCAACAAUGGCCGCAUCAAAAUCUGGGACGUCUAUACAGGAAAACUGCUGCUGAACCUGAUGGACCACACAGACAUUGUUCGGGACCUGACGUUUGCCCCAGAUGGGAGUUUAGUGCUGGUUUCUGCCUCAAGAGACAAGACUCUACGUGUGUGGGACCUCAAAGAUGACGGUAACAUGGUGAAAGUACUUCGUGGUCAUCAAAACUGGGUCUACUGCAGUGCUUUCUCACCUGACUCAUCGGUCCUUUGCUCUGUAGGCGCAGGCAAAGCGGUCUUCCUGUGGAAUAUGGAUAAGUACACUUUGAUCCGAAAGCUGGAGGGCCAUCAUAAUGACGUGGUGUCCUGCGAGUUCUCUCCUGACGGGGCCUUGCUGGCCACCGCCUCCUACGACACCCGUGUUAUAGUGUGGGACCCUCAUGCAGCCACUGUUCUGCUUGAGCUGGGGCAUCUCUUCCCUCCUCCCUCCCCCAUAUUUGCAGGAGGAGCAAAUGAUCGAUGGGUUCGCUCCGUUGCCUUUUGUCACGAUGGACGGCACAUUGCCAGCGUCACUGAUGACAGGCUGGUGCGUUUCUGGAGCAUCGAUGGGAAGAGUCCUCAAGCCAUCGCCCCACUCACUAAUGGCCUCUGUUGUGCCUUUUCUACUGACGGAAGUGUUUUAGCUGCUGGGUCUCGUGAUGGCAGUGUGCAUUUCUGGGCUUCCCCACGCAGCAUCGCGAGCCUCCAGCACCUGUGCCGUAUGACCCUGCGGAGAGUCAUGCCCACCCAGCAGGUUUAUACGCUGCCCAUUCCUUUCUCCAUGCAAGACUACCUGGCCUACAAGACACUUUAACAUGGAACACAAACUACGGCACUCUGUGAAACCAAUGACUUGUUUUUGUUUUGUUUUGUUUUUUGUUUUUUUUGAAAGAUGACAAUCUUUUUUUUUUUUUUUUUUCUGCUCAUACAGACCCCCUGAAGUAGGAGAGGUCAGUUCUUUUUGUAUUUAUUUAUUUUUUUUUAUUUUACAAAUUGACUUUUUCUAGUUGCAAGUAUAUUUCAGUAUUUUUUUUUUUUUAUUUGUUUAUUCGUCUUUUUCUUUUUUUUUUCUCUAUGCCCAUAUCAUGUAGUGGCCUUCACAGACAGCCUUAAUAUAUUAGCGGACCACAUUUUGUCCUUUUGAUUUGCGAUUCUUUUUUUAUUUUCAUCUGGCACAACUUGUACAGCACCUUAGAGUUGCUGAAUGAUGGUGAAAGUGGUGCUUUUCUUUGGCUCAGUUCAAGGUAUUCCUGCACUGAGUUUAAAGCGAUGUGACGGAGGAUUGUCUCACAAAUGUUCUGCAGUGUUUUCAUUUUCCGUGCUGGCUAUGAGAGGGAUUGAAGGGAAGUGACAAUGUGAAGGUGUGUAUGAGUGCGUGCAUGUGAUAGACGGAGCUGAGUUUGGUAGUUCAGGGACACAGGCAGUGCCUCCCCUUUACGUGCCUCUUUAGAGAAAAUAAACUCAUCCACACGCUUAUGCUGCUUUAGUAAUGGCCUUAUGUUCAUCGUCACAGACCUAAAACUACAGUAACGCAUGGGCUAAUUUGUUUUCUCCUGAAAUUGUAUGUUUUUUAACUGUACAGAGAUUUGUAAAGGCAUGUUUUUGUUGUGUAUAUAUACACAUAUGUUUGUAUAAAUGUAUAUAUGUAGCUCCAAUUUUUUUUUUUCAUGCUUCUCAUUCUUCAAUUUAUAAUACUUGUAUUGAAAUUCUGCUGUACAUGGUCUUUUCUUUUGUGCGAUGAUGAUGGUUUGUAGGGAAAUGAUGCAAAAGUUUGCUUUGAGGAGAGACUGCCUGCCAGUUUGAUGAGAUGUUUCCUGACCAGCAGCAGCGAAACUGAUGCCACAUCCUUGAUUUCUCAUUCCAAACAAAUUGUCACCGGCUUCCAUUUGAUGUCUCUGCUAUUAAUAAAAUAUAGCACUUUAACCCUGCUUGGGACACAUUGUCUUGUCCUAACCGUUAUCUCGCCACUUAACUCAGUCAAACCUCAGUCUGUUCACCCUUUGACGUUCUAGAUGAAUAGCCAUGUGUGUUUUAACAGAGAGAGCCAAAGUGUGGUUUUGUGUGGGUGUGUCUCAUCUACCUCUCAUUUGGAGGAACCGGUUAUGUUGGACGUCCUGGAACAAAAUGGAAUGAUUAUAUAUGCAUGUGACCUCACCUGUCAAUUGAUCGGUUUUAUUUAAGAUUGUGGGAAUCAGAAUGUGGCAUUUUCAUCUGGUCAUGCAGUCAAACAGUCUUGGCAAUAAAAAUGUGUUAAAAGCUGAUGCCAAAGAUCCCCUUGGGUUCUUAUUGAUGUUAUUGGCACAGUCAGUUUUCUUUCCCUCUCCUUCAUUUAUGGCUAAAACUUGAAAGUCUUUAUGUAUGUCUGUUAUUCUGCUUAGGUGUAUGAAGAAUGCUGAUGUUCAACAGAUUGAGUUUCCUUUAGACAGCUUCCUACAAAGUAAAUGUAGAAAUGAUACAUAAAUGCACUUCGGUGUUCCAACUAAAGUUGUACUGUUUUUUUUUUUUUUUUUUUAAGGAUACAGUGGUGGUAGUUCUUAAUCAUUUAUGAAUAGAGGAAACUAGUUAAUUUGUCAAUCUGUUUCAGACAGAAUACCUAAUGCUGUGUUCACCAGGAGCAAGUGAAUUUGUCAACAAACAGUCAUGCAAGAAUGUACUUUUCUCUUUUAGUUGGUGAGAUUUUUGUCUGUUUUGAUUGUUGUCGAAAUAAAGUAUUUUAAGUCA